CUCCACAGCUGCUCUGCGCGUCCCACUGGGAUUCCUAGAGCGAGUCUGUGUCUGCUGUCCGAGGAGCUGUCAUGGCCGAGCUGUGUCCGCUGUCCGAGGCGCUGUCAUGCUGCAUCUGCAAGGAGCUCUUCAAGGACCCGGUCACCAUCCCAUGCGGCCAUAACUUCUGCAUGUCGUGUCUGGACGAGACCUGGGCCUUCCAGGGCGAGCCCUACCGGUGUCCCCAGUGCCGCGCCUCCUACACCACGCGCCCGCUGCUGCGCAAGAACACUGUGCUGUGCGCUGUGGUGGAGCAGUUCAGGCAGGCCAAUCAGGCGCACGCGCAGGCCUGUGACAGGAAGCCAACUGGCUGCGUCCAGGACCAGGACUGGGUGCCCUGCCACCAGUGCCCCAGGGAGAAGGCCGUGAUGACCUGCCUGGAGUGCAUGGCCUCCUUCUGCCUUGUGCACCUGCAGCCGCACCUCAACGACCCGGCCUUCCGGGACCACCCUCUACAGACCCCUAUGCCUGACCUGCAUGUCCACAAAUGCCCCCAGCACUACCAUCUGCAGGAGUUCUUUUGCCCUGAGCACAGCAAGUGCAUUUGCCAGAGCUGCCUGGUGGAGCACAAGGUCUGCUCACCAGUAACCCUGAGCCAGGCCAGCGCUGACCUGGAGAGCAAGCUGAGGCAGAAGCUCAGCAUCAUGAACAGUGAAAUCAGCAAGACAUCCCUAGCACUGGAGGACCUGCAAGCCAGGAAGCAAAGAGUUCAGGAUGCUGUAGGCCGGAAGAUUGAGCAGGUGACACAGGAAUACCGGGAAAUGAAGGUGCUGAUUGACUCCUCCGAAUCCAACACUAUUCACAAGAUAAAGGAAGAGGAGAAGAGGGUCAGCAGUGAGUUCGACAGUGCUUAUCACAUUCUGCUCAAGAAGAGGAAUGAGAUCCAGAUCCUAAAGGAUGAGCUCGAGCUCAACCUGGCUGAGAAGGACAAGUUCGAGUUUGUGGAGAAAGCAUCCAAACUGCGAGAAAUUUCCACAAAGCCAGUCUACAUUCCCAGGGUGGGGGACGAGCUGAUGAAGGACAUCUGCCAGGCCACCGUGGACCUCAAGAAUAAGCUGAGCCGGGCUGUGCAGCGGCUCCAGGACAAGAAGUUCCCACACACACUCUGUUUGGUGCCAUUGAAGAUGGAGAUUGACCACAUUUGCAAGGUUGGAAUAUUAUCAUUCUAAGAACAAAGAGCACCUGGGGUAAACCACGUGAAGAAGCUGCUUCAGCCCAGAGAAUACCGAGCCCCAAAUCUGAACUGUGGGUUCCUAGGACAAUGGGGUGUCAUGAAGUUGCCAAAAGGUUUAUAUAAACACCCCUGCAGGGAGGAGCCAGUACCUUUCCUCCCAUCAAGGGAGUGGGGCUCCACCUGACCCCAGCUUUGUCUCUUCUUUGUUUUUCUCAUCCUCUCACUGUCCUUAACCCUCAGGACCUCAGAAGUCACAUUGGUCAUGGCAAUCCUCGCCGUUUACUUUAGUCAUAUGUGUGCCAGUGAAUUAUGUGGAAUGGCCAAAGCUGAACAUGGGUCAGGGCUAGAGCAAGGCUGGUCUCAAGAACAGAACACUGGAGGCAAAUCACAUGGAUAAGCUGCUGUAAUCUCUACAACACUGGUGCCUGAGACUAGCCACGUGGAUAAGCUCUUAGGUGUAGAGGUUCCACAAGAUGCUCAAUCUGCCCAGCAUAGAACUGAAUGUUCUGCAACCAUUGGAGAUCUCUUGUUCCUCCUCAGUCCUCUUCUUUCUUCCUCUCCUACCUUCCUUCCUUCCUUUCUUCCUUCUCAUCAGGAGAGAGGGCUCCACAUGACCUCAAUUUUCUGUAUACUGACUCUUGUCCUUUUUUCAGAUCCUCUUAUAGUCCUCACCCUGGAAACAUUGAGAGCUACAAGAAGACCCAGAAAAUAGUGCCACAACAGGGACUGAGGGACAAGGAAACAGAUAAGAUAAUAGAUAAGAGGUGAUUUCUAGCUGUGUGCACAGAAAGAGAAAUAGACCACAUAAGCCAAAAGCAGAGAAAUAGGCUCAAAGAAACCACAGAGAGAGAAAUAGGGAGGCCAAAGAGAGUGAGGUAUGUUGAUUUUAUCAAAUAUUAAGUAUGACAAAGGUAGGUUCUCAAAAACAGCAGCUCUUUAUAGAAAUCCUUAUUCUACUGUAAAUUCCCAUACUUUUCUUUUGUGGAACUGGAUUAGAGAGUGUCUCAGCAGCUGUGCACCUGUUGAGAUGACCGCAGAUGAUUCUGUUCAGAGCACUGUUUUAUUUUAUUUUUCUAAGAAGCUAGAGUUUAUUUGCUUGUUAUUUGGUAUAGGAUUUUAUCCCACAGCCUAGUGCAUUUUAGGUAAGUGCAGUACCAAUGAGCUCUGUAUUCCCUAGUCCUUUUAUUUAUUAUUUUCAAAUCCAUUUUAUUUCGAGCAAAAAGGAAGAAGGAUAAACCAAGACAAAAUUUCAAAAUACUUAAUCAGGGGCAGCAAUGGUACAUACACUGCACAUUUUCAUCCCCAAGUCAGAGCACCAUUUUUUUUUAACCGUUUUUUAAAAAAGGAUAAAACCAAGGAAAUAAAACAGAAUAAAACCAAUCAAAAUAAACCAGUAUAAACCUAACCCAAUGAGACAAUGAGAAUGAUAUCGUUUCCAGGCAGGGAUCACCUUCUGGCGAGGCCUGGUUCUCUCCCAGGGCACUGUUUUGAAUCCAAGUCCUGAGCAGAUGAGGAGUAGGAAGGCAACAGCCCACCAAUAGAGCUCAAAGCCUUGCUCAGACAGAUGAGGAAGGAGCCAUGGUGGGAGGCGGCCAAGAUCUUUUCCUGCAAGAGGAGUGUUUCACUGUGGCUUCACUUUCACAGCUGCCCAAGGCAAAACUGAUAACACUAACUGCACCACAAGCAGCAGCUUCUACCUCUUCAGCUCCAAAAAGUCUUGUAUCCCAAGUCAAAAUUUCUACCUCUCAUCGAGUAGAAUCGUCUUCUCCUUCUCCCUUACAAUUGGCGUUAAAAGCAGCUGGAUGGGCAGGGGAAUCCAUGGAGGGAUUUCAACAUGGCUGCCCUGUUGCUGAACUCCAGAUCCCUAAUAAUUGGGGCAACUCACAGUUCCAUGAAGCCAUACCUUUUAAGACCCUAGAAGAAGCUACUGCUUCCUAUGGAACCAUGGCCUCCUUUACCUUAGGUUUAAUAGAACUUAGAGGACAAGUUGUGACCCCAAAUGAUUGAAGGGAAUCACUAAAGCAUGUUUAAGUCUUAUUUAUUUUAUUAUUUAUUGUGGAAGGAAAAGCUUUUGGAAUUGUGCAUGAAUCAGGCUAUGAGCAAAACUACUCACAACUUACAAAAAUAUGCUACCUGGAGAAGGUGACUUUAUCGCUGUAAAUAGAUUACUUUUAAACUGCAAGUAUAUGAACAAGUUGAAAUCAUUGUCCCAAGGGCUUGGAGGGAACUUCCUUCAAAGGGUGACCUUGAUCUGGCCUCCAUCCACGAGAGUCCUGAUGAACACUUCCAGGACUUUGCCACAUGCCUGUUGCAGGUUAGGGAGAGGAUUAUCAGCAACUAACUAUUCAACAACUCAACUUUAACGAUGCAAACAAAUGGUGUGAAGAGGCCUUAGGAGCCUAUAAAACAUGUGCUACGCUGUCUGAGAUGACUCAGAUUUGCGCCAGUGCUGGCCAUUUGUACAAACAAGUAGCUGCCUCAGCAGCAGCUGUCACUCAGGCUAUUCCUCCACAGCUGAGCAGAAAAGUGACAAGGGUUCUUGUUCCAGCUGUGGACAUGCGGGACCUUCUGCCCAAGAUUGCUUUGCUGAAGCAGUAAGGGCACCACAGCCAUUAUUCAUCCCUUCAGCAGAACCUUCUACUAGGAAGGGGCAUAAAAGAAAGAGAGAUGAAAAUUGCCAGCGUUCUUAAGACAGAAUAAGAUAUGAUCCCUUCUGCCUCUCUCUCAGAAGAAGCUUUGUUUCAAUAAACAGAAUCUGCUGUUACAAUAAAAGAUAUAAAAUUAUAUAUCAUUUUUGGAAAUUUUUUGUUCCUAUAAAAUUUUCUUGUAGUAGUUCUCUGCUAACUGACCUAAAAAUUAGUCUAUUUAUAAUUACAAACUUCUAAAAUUAUAGAAGACUGUUAUAAUUUAAUUUGCCCAUAAAUAUAUUUGAGUGUACUUGGAUAUUGUAAGUAAAUUGUUUGUGGAUGAUGUUUGUUUCUUUGUCCUGUGAGCAGAUAUUUUUUUUUUAAUUUGAGCUCAACUAUAUUUUCUUUUCUUUUGCAUUUUUGGAGCAUUUGAUCAGAGUUUACUUUGAGUUAUAGACUUAAAAAGCACGUCUCACCUGGGUUGCCUGCUGUUCAAAAUGAUGCUAAAAUUUAUUAUAUUAAUGUAAUACAUAAUAUUGUUUAUUUCAACUUGAGAGUCUCUCAUUGUUCAAAAAUAAUGUACUAAGUUAUGACUGGGUUUUCAUAAGUAUCAAAAAUUAAGAGAGUUAGGGCUGUGGACAUAGCCCAGAGGUACAGCAACUGUCUGGCAAGUGUGAUGUCAUUUGUUUGAUCCCCAUUACCCUCCCCCCAAAUUAAGACCAUGGUGGGGAGAGAUGAAUGAAAAACACUCCAACUGGUGAAUAAAAAAGCAGCUGCCUGGUAACAUUAACCAGUGCUUGUUCAUUAAUGGGAGACCCCAGUAAUCUCCAUAGCCUUAUGGAAGAUAUGCCCAAAAUUGAUAUUAAACUAUUUUAUUGUGAUAGAUUCACAUUGGUCCUUGUCAUGUUUAAAUUAUUUAGACAACACAGUUUUUGAUUUAAAAGUGUUCUGAUGCAAGGGUUUCCAUAUGACUAUGACAUUUGAUUGUUAUUAAUCUUAUGUGUAUUAAAUUUAUUUAUGCUUCUAGA